CGUGUAGUUGCUGGUGAGAAUAUGCUUCAGGUUGGCGGGUUGUCUGUGGGCGAGGACUGGCCUGCCUCCCAAAGCCUGUGAAAAUGAGGGAUCAUUUUCCAGGAUGGGUUGUAGAUCACUGAUGAUGCGUUGGAUAGGUUUUAGCUGAGGACUGCAUGUGAUGGCCAAUCUUUGAGAUUGUUCGUUCUGCAGCUUUAGCAUAUUGAGCUGGUGUCAAGGCUGCAAAGGUCAUUGUUUCAUAAACUCUGUAUUACUGGCCUAAUGGCAAUAUGCAAAUUUCAAUGAGGUUUCAUAUUCAGUAGCUGGGCAAAAGCUAAGUUACGAGCCUUUGCAAGGUUAUCUGCUUAUCCACUCUAGCUUUGUAGGGCUGUAUGAAGACGUGCAUUUGUGAGUUCACUGGCUCAAUAACCCUAACUUGGUGAGCUGCUGUGAAACCACAGAUCUCUGAGAUUGCUCACUGCGAGUACUGGCUCAGCACUAUUGGUUAAGGCCGAUCAAAAUAGGAAUGGGAGCACAACAAUUUGUGGUUUCAUGUGUAUUAAUAUAUGGUGAAAUGACAUUCCAACAUAAAAGAUGAUGUACUGUAUGAUGAGAGGAAAAAUGGUCCAGUGGUUAGUGUACCAGCCUGGGCUUCAGGAGACCAAGUUUCAAUUCUCUACCCUGUUGCAGUCUUCCUGUGACACCUUGGGCAGUUUCUCAUCUAUAAAACAGGGAUAAUCAUACUUCCCUACCUCCCAGCGAUGUGGUGAGGAUUAAUGUAUUAAGGGCUGUGGUGCAUAUCAAGUAGGGUAGGAAAGGAAUCAGUACCUGCUAAACACAAAAAUGUAUCCUACUGGAAAGGAGGGAUAGUGGGAAGCAGCAGUCUUUCUUUGUCAAAUAGAGGGGGAGUCCUCAACAGGGACAGAUCUUCCUUUAGUAGAAAGGAGGCAUACAGGAGACUUCCAGCUUGGACAGUUCUCCCAUCAGGCACUGGUGCUAGUGGUAUUACUAUUCAUUAUUUGUAUUACCUUAGUGCCUAGGAGCCCGAGUCAUAAAUCAGGCCUUAGUGCUACGCGCUGUACAAACACAGAAAAAGACAGCCGCUGCCCCAAGGAUCUUGCAGUCUAAGUAUAAGAGAUAGCACAUGGAUACAAACAGAACGGGGAGUACAAAGAAACAAUGAGAUAAUACUGGUGACAGACAGCAGUCACUGGUACUGACCAGACUGCUUGGAGCAGUAUAAACUUAUGAAAAAGGCACCAGCACUAUUUUGGAUGGCCUGAAGGGGAGCAAGUUGAAUAACAGGGAGAAGAUUGCAAGGAUAGAAGACAGACUGGGUGUGGGGUGGCAGAAGAGACGAGACUAGGUUUUGGAUCCUUCAGUGUUUCUAGCACAUGUGACUUUAUCAUGAGUCUUGUGAUAUUGGGUGACUUUCUUAAAGCCUCUGCUUCUGGAGUCACGUGAUUCUAUGAGAAUCUAAGCUUUAAUUUAAACUAAAGAAACCACCCAACCCCAUAGCGUCUGGCCCUCCUGGUUACAGAGAAAAACUGGAAGAUGGGAGCUCUAAAGAACAAUUUAAAUAAAAGAACCCAUGUUAUACUAUUUGUUAACAGCUCAUGAUUUGGGGGGCUGGGACUCAUGACUGCUGUACACUGGAGCUGGUUGGGAUACUGCCUGACAGGCUGGUGAAAGAGCGCUGGGCCAGGAUUGGCAGCAGAGCUCCUGCAGAGCAGGCUGGGUCCAGGCAGCCCAUUUCCCAGGCCAUGCGGAGCGAGAGGGAUCUGGGCUGGGCUGCUUGAACCAGGCUAAGAAGGUGGCCGCAGAAGCCGGGCUGGCCCCAGGUAGGGUUGCCAGGUGUCCAGAUUUCAACCAGAAUGCCCAGUUGAAAAGGGUCUCCGGCAGGGCCGCUAAAAAGUCUGGUCGGUGGUGCAGCGGGCUAAGGCAGACUCCCUGCCUGCCCUGGCUUUGCGCGGCUCCCAGAAGUGGCCAGCAUAUCUGGCUCCUAGGCGCAGAGGUGGCCACAGGGGCGCCACAUGCUGCCCCCAAACUGAGCACCGGCUCUGCAGCUUCCCGGCCAAUGGGAGCUGUGGGGGCAGGACCUGUGACAGUGUGAAGAGCCCCCCCCCCCCCCAUCACCCCUCUAUCUCCAAUGCCAGCCACUUCCAGGAGCUGCCUGAGGUAAGUGCUGCCCGGAGCCCAAAUCCCCUGCCCCAGCCCUGAGCCCUCUCCCAGAGCCCGCCCCCAAACUUCCUCCCAGGGCCCACACCCCCUCCUAUACUCCAGCCCAGAGCCCCUGCCUGCACCCCCAGCAAGAGUCCUCACCCCCUUUUGCACCCCGAUCCCCUGCCUGGUGAAAAUGAGUGAGCCACAGAGGGAGGGGGGAAUGGAAUGAGCAGGAGCAGGGCCUGGGUGUUCCGAUUUCUGCAAUUAGAAGAUUGUCAACCCUAGAGCAGAGGGGCAGGGAGCCUGCAGCGGCGGGAGCAGGGUUAAGAGCCCCAGAAACACUGGCAUGCUUGGUGCGGGUUCCGGGUCACGGGGGCGAUGCGAUUCCCCCUGUAGGAGCAGAGGGGCUGGCGCAGCGCCAGAGCUACGGGGCUCUAGGGCCCCAUCCGCAGAGGAGGCUCCCCUUCCCCUGCCCGGCUGGAAACCGGAACCGGAUGUGGUGUCCCGGCCCGGGCGGUGCCUGUAACCGCUCGAGCCGCCUGCGUCAUGGAAUUGAGGCCUUCGUCAGCCUGGAAAAUCGCCCAGACCAUAGAGCUGCUGAACGCCUUGGCAUUUCCGGCUUGGGCUCACGUCACAUCCGUGCGGUUCUGAGAUGCCGGUUAAAUUGAAUAUCUGCCUAGCACAGCUUCUUGCAGGAAGACUGCACUGCUUAAAGGCUAGGAGACUAUGAGAAUAAUCAGAGGGGACUGUUCGCUCUGAAUUCUAAACUUGUGCCUUGCCCAGAACAGCUGCAGGGAUCGGAAACUUGAAUCAAUGUUAUCGGAUGAGUUAGAAUCCAAACCGGAGCUGCUGGUUCAAUUUGUUCAGAACACAUCUAUUCCACUGGGGCGGGGGCUGGUGGAAUCAGAACCUAAAGGCAUCACCUGUCUCUCCCUCCUUCCUGUGACUGAGACCUCAGAAUGCAACAGACUGAUGUUGCCAGAUGAUUCUCCAAGUCACACUAACUCCUCCAAAGAUGUUCCUUCAUCUGCUGUCUUGAGAAGCCUUCAGGUAAAUGUAGGCCCUGACGGCGAGGAGACAAGGGCACAAACAGUACAGAAACCACCUGAGCUCCUGUCAAGUCCAGAGCCUUCCGGUUUAUUGCAAGACCUCCAGCCCAGUGACAGCACUUCCUUUAUUCUUCUCAACCUAACAAGAGCAGGCCUGGGCUGUCCAGCAGAGCACCUGGUGUUUGUUCAGGAUGAAGCAGAGGAUUCUGGGAAUGACUUUCUCUCCCAUGACAGCACCGACAGCAGUACCCCAUGGUUUCUACGAGUGCAGGAAUUGGCCCAUGACAGUUUGAUUGCUGCCACUCGAGCACAGCUCGCAAAGAAUGCCAAAGCAAGCAAUAAUGGUGAAAGUGUUCAUCUUUGCUCAGGAGAUGGGCAGCCGAAAGAUUCCAGUCCCAUCCCUCACCUGUCCCGCGUAGAGAAGAAGCUGAAGUGCACAGUUGAGGGCUGUGAUCGGACAUUUGUGUGGCCAGCCCACUUCAAAUAUCAUUUAAAAACUCACAGGAAUGAUCGUUCUUUCACCUGCCCAGCAGAAGGUUGUGGGAAAAGCUUCUAUGUCCUGCAAAGGCUGAAGGUACACAUGCGAACUCACAAUGGUGAGAAACCAUUUGUCUGCACUGAGGUGGGCUGUGGGAAGCAGUUCACAACAGCUGGGAAUCUGAAGAACCACCUGCGGAUUCAUACUGGAGAAAAGCCCUUCCUGUGUGAGGCACAAGGAUGUGGUCGUUCAUUUGCUGAAUACUCCAGCCUUCGGAAACACCUGGUUGUCCACUCAGGAGUGAAGCCCCAUCAGUGCCAUAUCUGUGGGAAGACAUUUUCCCAGAGUGGUAGCCGGAAUGUGCAUAUGAGAAAGCACCACUCCAGAAUUGGAGCUGCUGGAAGCAGAGAGCGAGAGCAACCGGAGUCGCUGGUGGGCAGCAGUUUGCUGGAAGAAGCAGCUGUGCAUAGUAAGAAUCUGAUCUCCAUGAACUCUCAGCCUCGUCUUGGCGUGGAGUCUCUGCACCUGCCAGAUACUGAGUCUAUUAUUGGAGUAGAGGAGGAGGUUCUUGCUGAAGCAACACCAGGAGCCCUCCAAUCAGCACCUGAUGUAGUUUUGCCACAAUCUCAUCACCUGGUCACCAUGUCAACAGGGAGACACUCCUAUGGGGUGUCUGCUUUACUACAGUAAAUGUACAGUUACAAAAGGAAGAAGAAACCAAUGAUAUAGUAAGAGAAGACACAGGAUGUAAAGUUAAAGAACAGACUUCUGUGUGCAGAUCUCUUAAAGGAGAGAUGCAGGACCUGAAUCCAGAGUACAUGCUGUGCAGGCAGUUUACUUUUCAUGACUUGCUGCAACAAAAACUAAACUGCAGCCCAGAAUGGGAUAUGAGAUGUAGAACAUGAGAGUUCCUGGUUACUGAAGCAGAUUCCUGAAGCUAAAUUCAGGAGCCACUAAUCAUGUUGGACUGACAGGUGGGACUUUCUAAACCUGCCAUCAGGAGGGAUGCAGCACUUCCACCACUGCAACAUCAAACCACUUUCACCUGAAGCUGAAGUUUGUUCACAAGCUCCAGCACUUACAAGGCAUUAUUAGUAUUGCUUAAGCAACUAAUAGGGGCUUUUCUUAGAGGAGAAUAUUUAGGGUGUUGUGGAUUCUAAAUCAGAGCAUUGCAGUCCCAUUCUCCCUUCUGAGUUUUGAAGGUUUAUUUCCAGGCUGACCCUAACUAGAAUCUGAGGCUCUUCCUUGAGGAGCAGAAGCUUCUCCACCACUCUUCCUUGCUUUAUGAAAAUAUGUUCCCUAGAGUUCCACCUUGCCCCAGAGUUUGAGGCCAGACACAAGUUAGAGGAUUACCUCAGAGCCAGCUCUGCUGCUUGCUUUGCCCCAUAUUUCUUCAUUUCUAAAAUGCUUAUUAGUAUGUUUAGUUUUUUUUAUUUAAAAAUCAGAGGUAGAAGAUUAAGUGUUUACUGUAUUGUAAAUAAACAGCCUGUUUCGCUCUUUGGCUUCUGA